ACUAACACCAACAGUAAACAUUCGCCAGGAAAAUUGCAACAAUCCCCAAAACUAACAAAGUCCAGAAGAGGCUCAUGAAGGAAUGCGUUUAAUUCAUUGCAAUAUACAUUGAUAGCAGCUAAUCAGGCACUAUGACGUCACGUAACUUAACCGAGGUGUUUGUCAUAAUGCGCAACAAUGCGAGCAAAAAUCGAAAUCAUUAUGAUGAUAGACGUGGUAGCGAUGCUGAGCGCCUUUUGAAACAUACCGUGCGUGAGGCCGAAGAGGGCCUAGAAAUGCAGGAUGACUAUGCAUCCCCUCCAAUUUGGCUGGACAGAUUUGAGGAGGCUCAAUAUACCAUGUCCAAAAUCAAACCAAAGCUGGAUGAGUUGGGUUCCCUGCAUGCUAGACAUUUGCUGCGACCCACCUUUGAUGACCAGCAGGACGAUGAGUGCGACAUUGAAGUGCUUAGUCAAAUGGUUUCCAAGCUGAUUACCUCCACCCACAGGCAUAUACAAUGUGUGCGCUCUAGCCUGGGAGUGGGAACCAAAACGGAACAGCGAUUGACUGCAAAUGCGGUUCAAUGUGCCCUACUGCAGCUUCAAGAACUAACCUUUAAGUUUCGUAGCAGUCAGAACGCUUAUCUGGUGCAGCUCAACUCGCGGGAGGAGCGUUCCCAAAAAUAUUUCGACAAUGGCGAAUUCACGAAUGUGGAACUAGGUGGAUUUGAGGGUGGCGAUACGAAUUUCGUCGAUUCCUUUGACAAUUUCCUACAGCCUUUGGAUGGCAUGGAUGCGGCGAGUGGGUCCAAAACCAAUGCAUAUCUAUUCGAGGAGGAAAACGACCAAGAUAUUGAUGAUCACUUUAAAAAGCCGAUUGCGAAUCGUCUUACCCAACAGCAAUUGCUGCUCUUUGAAGAGGAAAACACAAAGCAAGCCCAACAUCGCGAGGAAGAGGUUACUAAAAUAGUGAAAUCUAUUUACGAUCUAAAUGACAUCUUUAAGGAUCUGGGUCAUAUGGUACAAGAACAGGGCACGGUUCUUGAUCGAAUCGAUUACAAUGUGGAACAGACACAGACUCGUGUAUCCGAGGGACUACGUCAGCUACACAAGGCCGAAAUGUAUCAGCGCAAGAAUCGCAAAAUGUGCAUCAUUUUGGUUCUGGCUGCAGUUACCUUUAUAAUGCUGUUGCUCUUGAUCAUCACAAAGCUUUAAAAUAAACACCCCUCGUCUUUGUCCUAUAUGUGUGUCUAUAAUGUAUAAAAUGUACCUAUUAAAUAUGUA